CCCCGCCCGGGCAGCCCCAGCCGGGCGCAGUCCCGGAGCGCAGAGCCGCAGCGGGCAGGAUGCUUCCCAUCGUCCUGGAGGUGACCUGCAGCUUUGUCACCUGGCUGUGUCUCUACAGCUGCUUCUGCCGCUGGAACAGGCAGCGCUCCUGCAAGUGGAGCUGUCGCCUGGUCACCCUCCUGCACGGGCUCCUUGUCACCCUCCUGUCCGGCUAUGUCCUGUUCCUGGACGGCCCCUGGCCCCUGACCCACGCAGGUUCACCAAACACCCCUCUCCAGAUCCACGUGCUUUGCCUGACCUUGGGCUACUUCAUCUUCGACCUGGGCUGGUGCCUGUACUUCCAGACAGAGGGGGACCUGAUGCUGCUGCACCACACCCUGAGCAUCUGCGGCAUGAUCCUGGUGCUGGGGCUGGGCACAUCGGCCACGGAGGUGAACGCCGUGGUGUUUGUCAGUGAAAUCACCAACCCCCUGCUCCAGACCCGCUGGUUCCUGAGGGAAAUGGGCUCUUACCACACCUCCCUGGGGAAAGUGGUGGAUUUUCUCUUCGUGCUGCUCUUCCUGCUGCUGCGCAUCGGGGCGGGAGCGUGGAUCGUGUACGGGAUGGUGACGUCCCCCAAACCCAACUGGCUCCUCAAGGCUGGGGGCUUGGCCAUGUACCUGGUGUCCUUGGGGUUCAUGGUUGAAAUCUGUCGCUUUGUCAGGAGGAAAAUGUGGAAAAAAAGUCCUUCCCUGGAUUCACAAUCUUUGCAGGAGUAGGAGUGCGCCCGGGGAAACUUCUUGGCUGCUCGUUAAUGGGUUGUAGAGGAAAAUGCCCUGGGUUUGGGGCCUGGCUGCUGGAGCUUGUUCCUGUGAAAAGAAGUCCUAAAAUGACACAGAAUUGACUUUGUGCUGCCCCUGGAGGAGAUGGAUUGGUGCUGGAAACAUGGAAAAGCUGAGAGAAGAGGGAUUUGAGUGGAAACCUGAGGAGCCUGAUGCUGAUUCCCUGAUUUCCACAGCCCCAAGGAGGGUGGCAAUGCCAGAGAUGAUCAGUCUGCAACCAGUGAUGGCACAGUCUGCAGAGAUGAUCAGUCUGCAACCAGUGAUGGCACAGUCUGCACGUUCUGGCCUCAUUUCCAAUGCAGAGUUAUUUGACAGUGUAGAGAAAAUCAAAUAUGAAAAAUCCCAUUUUCCUGCCAGUGGGACUGGGUAAGGGGUGUGACCUGGCAAAGAUUUCCUGAGCCUCACCCUCUUUAAUAACCCUGGAUUUGGACAAUGUGCUUGGCUAAAUACUCGAGUGAAAGACUCUGAACAGGACUGAAGUGCUUGCAGGGGUGUAGUGGAGUUGUCCUCUGAGAGUGUGAAGUGAUGGCACUCAAGGUGAGGCAAUGUUUUACCUCCUUGUUUUUAAUGACACAUUUCCUUUACUCUUUUUUUUUUUAGUGGUUCCAUUCAGGCAGGUGCUGAUCUCAGAGCAGAGUGAUUUCUCUAGGACUGACUCAGGCCCUCACAAACAAGAGUUAGGAAUUAAACUUGUACCAAUAAACUCCAUGAGCAGGUGUUAGCUUAGACUGGGAUUGCUUGAAAGAACAAACAGACUUUUUGUGGGAGAGGGAGGAUAGUGAAGAACCUGCCUGGAUGCUCUUUCUGUUCUGGGUUGGCUCAUUUGCAAACCACUUAAGCUGAAUUCAUAGCCAAUAAGUCAAAUAUGUGAUUAUUUCCAGGGGUGACAGCAAUGUUUAGGCAGAUCUCAGUGUGACAUCUGCUCCACACCUGCAGGCCUUCGAGCAUGGAACAGUUCUCUCAUUUUCUUUACCUCUCAGAAUCGUAUUCUGACAUUUUCCCUGGGGUUUUAAUGUGAAUUUCCCUCUGUUCAAGGCUCAGUUCAGAUUUAGUCUCCUCUAAAAGCCUCACAGAGAGCUGAGGAGAGGGAGGGGAGCAGUGGGGAUGCAGCUCCUCCUCUGCCUUUAUCUCACUGAAUUUGGCUCUGUUCAGGGCAGAUACCAGCUUUGGCUGGGGCUCCUCAAGGUGUCUGGAGAGAUUAAGAAAUAACCUCACUUUGGACACACCCACUGAAAGCAUUGCAGCUGUGAACCCAGGCAAGUUCCUGGGCCAAUAUUUUUUAGGAAAGCAGGAGCCAGAGUGGCCUCCUGAGGUGUGGGCACCUGCCAGGCUCGCUGUGUUCCUCCAAAAACUGCUAAUAAAGUCACGUUCUCUUUUGAAAAAGAA